AUGGCCCCGAUCACAGAUGAGACCGUCGCCGGUCUGAAGGACACCAUCAGCAAGCUCGAGUCCCGCGUUGUCGACCUGGAGAGCCGCCUGGUCAAUGGCGACAAGCCCAAGUCGCUCACCGAGCAGAUGCGCAUCAUUCUGAUGGGCCCCCCGGGUGCCGGCAAGGGUACUCAGGCCCCGAAUAUCAAGGAAAAGUACUGCGUGUGCCACCUGGCUACUGGAGACAUGCUGCGGUCGCAAGUCGCGAAGAAGACCGACCUCGGUAAGGAGGCCAAGAAGAUCAUGGACCAGGGUGGCCUCGUCAGCGACGAGAUCAUGGUCAACAUGAUCAAGAGCGAACUGGACAACAACACUGAGUGCAAGAACGGUUUCAUCCUGGAUGGUUUCCCUCGCACUGUUGCCCAGGCUGAGCGUCUGGACGACAUGCUUCUGGCCCGUCAACAGAAGCUCCAGCACGCCGUGGAGCUGCAGAUCGAUGAUGCCCUGCUUGUGGCCCGUAUCACUGGCCGUCUGGUUCACCCCGCCUCCGGGCGCUCGUACCACAAGAUCUUCAACCCACCCAAGAGUGACAUGAUUGACGAUGUCACCGGCGAGCCCCUGAUCCAACGGUCCGACGACAACGCCGACACUCUGAGCAAGCACCUCCCCGUCUGCGACUACUACAAGAAGACCGGCAUCUGGCGCGGCAUUGAUGCCAGCCAGGAGCCUGGCCAGGUCUGGAAGAGUCUGCUCGGUGUUUUCCACAAGAACUAA